AUGGCGGCGAGGACGUCUCUGGACGAGGAGCAGCGCGCGGCGGCGAUGGCGGUGAUCGGAGACGAGGAAGGGGGAAUGGUGGGUGAGAGGGUUGCGUCGGGCGCGACGGCUGCGUGCGCGGCGUGUCGCGAGAAAAGUGCGACGAGCGUGCGUGAACGAUCGGAGUGGACGGCGUGCGAUGUGGUGAGAGCGAGGGAGUCGGGGAAUGCGGUGCUCGUGGCGCACGGAAGCGUGUACGACGCGACGGAGUUCAUCGAGCGACAUCCGAGCGGACCGGCGCCGAUACUGCGAGCGCUCGCGAGGGAUAACACGGAGGAUUUUGAUAUGCACAGCGCGCGCGCGCGCGGUUUGUGGGAAAAACAUCGGAUAGGAAGGAUCGUGCGGUGCGAAAUUCACGGGUUCGGGGAGUUUAUUCCGCCGGAGAGCUCCGCCUCGUGCGCGCUCAUGUGA